UCUUCUAUCCAGGCAGAUCCAGGCGUUCUUAAAACUGCGAGAAGCAGCUCAGAGUCGUACUCAUGUGAAUCGGUCUCAGUUUAUAUGCUAAAAUAGUGCUCGGUUGUCGACGGAACAUUGCCCGAGAUUAUACAUCAUGCCUGAAUUGACUGAAUUAGACAAGGCUGCAUCCUCCGAGCCUACUAAGGUUGAGGCUGCAGCUGCUGGAUCUGGUACUGACUCUGAUUCAGAUGACUCAAUACCUGAGCUGGAAGAUUCAGGUGUCGGGGGCACUGUUAGCUUUCCAGGCAGUACCUUGACAGGACUGCCUAUCGAUAUGGUAUCCAAAGCCAAACAAAGUCGUGGAGAGAAGAAGGCCAGGAAGCUUAUGAGCAAAUUGGGUCUAAAGCCUGUACAAGGGGUAAACAGAGUCACAAUUCGUAAAUCAAAGAACAUUCUCUUUGUUAUCAAUAAGCCAGAUGUUUUGAAGAACCCAGCUUCGGACACUUACAUUGUCUUUGGUGAGGCAAAGAUUGAGGAUCUUAGCCAACAAGCUCAAGUAGCUGCUGCUGAGAAAUUCAAGGAGCCGGCCGUAAUUCCUGCAACUGAAGCCGGCGGAAGUACAACGGUCGUAGCACCAAUUCAAGAGGAAUCCGAAGAAGAAGUCGACGAAACGGGCGUCGAAGAGAAGGACAUUGAGUUGGUAAUGUCUCAAGCCAAUGUCUCUCGAGGGAAGGCAAUUAAAGCUCUCAAGAAUAACCAGAACGACAUUGUUAACGCUAUUAUGGAACUGACAAUGUGAUGAAGCUGCUUAAAAUUAGGUUGCGCUGCGUUGCGUGACUUGCGUUGUGAGGUCAUUAUUUUAUCAUCAGUCGAUCAUCGUUUUUUUUUUUCUUUAUCUAAUUACGUUGCAAGGAAGAAUACAAAAUCAACCCAGAAUCCGCCUUGGACAGAUAGAUGCCUGAUCCACGGAAUAAAACUACAUGUAUAUACAUAAUUCAUACAAAAAGAAUAAACACAUUAAGGAAACAAUA